AUGUCCACAAUAAAUCUACCUUCAGACCCGGGCAGAGAAGACCCAAUAUACAAACAUCCUACCAAGCCCACGACAGAUCCUAAAGACGCAGCCGUCUUCAUUUUCGUGCAUGGCCUUUCUGACAGUGGAGCAGCUUUACAGAGUAUCCAGUCGCAUGUGCUCAACAUUUGAGAGCCUCCCAUUGACUAGCUCCUCACAGACGUAGCCGAUCAAUUCCAACAAAUGGACAAACUCCCCCAUCUCCACUGGAUCCUCCCUUCCGCCAAACACAAUCCAAUCCAAAUGGACACGGCGUGGUAUAUACAACACAGUCUCUCUCCAAUCCCUUACUCCCGCCCAGAACUGGCACCCGACGAGGACGAGGACGGCAUGCUGGAAACAAUCACGUACUUGGAAUCUUUAAUCGACGCUUGCGUUGAUGCAGGCAUCCCGGCGAAUCGCAUUGUUCUUGGUGGCUUUUCCCAGGGAAUGGCUAUGUCAUUGCUGCUUCAUUUGACGUCGAAGAAGUACAGUGGCAAAUUGGGAGGAAUUGUAGCGUUGUUGGGUUAUCUACCACUUUCCGAUGGCAAGAUGAGGUUGAGAGAGUUGAGGAGAGAAAGAGGAUUCGGGGAGAGCGUCGAAGGCAAUGUGCCCAUCUUCAUGGGGAGGGGCUUGAAAGAUACGCUUGUUCCGAAGCGAGUAUGGGCAUAUUCUGUGGAAGGUGUCAAGGAGUUCGGCGUGCCGGAGGACCAAAUGGAGAUCCAUGAGUAUGAAGGUCUGACGCACACGCUUCAUGGACCAUUGCUGUCGGAUCUCUGCACGUGGUUGGAAAAGGUCGUGCCGGCGAAAGAGCAAGAGUCCAAGUAA